AGCGAGAGAGAGAGAGAGAGAGAGAGAGAGAGAGGUUUCAGCUUCUUCCAGUUCGAGAUCUGAGGCAUAACUAUCUUAAUAAACCUCCAGCUUCCGAGAGCCAGAGUUGAAGAGAUGAUACAGGUUGUUAGCUGGUCAGGAACCCACGAAGAUUGACCGACGACCUAGUGGUGGUGGAAUCAGUUUUGGGGAAGAACAUACCUGGGGGUUGAGAGGAUAACAGAGAACAGAGGAGCGAGCGAGCGAGCAAGCCACCUUCGAGCUGGUUGGAUGAAUCUGGUAACUAAAUCAAACAUAUUUAUUUGAUUUAAUGUUUAGUAUUGUUUACCCUUUUGAUUCAUCCGGAUUUUGUGUGCUCUGGAGGGGUUUAAGUUUUUCCUCUUCCUAAUCGGUGUCGGAGUUGCCUACCUACCCCUGCUCUCUGUUUUGGUUUCGGAUUCGAUUUGUGUUAGGGGGAUUCACAACAUUUAUAAAUCAUUAGACUUUACGUAAAGUAAACGCCUAAUCAUAUUGAAAUCCUUUGAAAUUGACCCCAACAGAUACCGGUCGAAUCAGCUGCUAUCCGGCUAGGUUUUAUCGCCGGCGAUGGCGAACACGAUGAUGAAGGGAAAACAAGACAGAGUAGGAGAAGCAGAACAAGUGGGUCACGAUUGGAGUGAGUUGCCCGGGGAGCUGUUGGCUCUAAUCGGCCAAAGGUUAAUCAAAUUAAAGCUCGCAAUCCGUUUUCGAGCAGUCUGUAAAAGAUGGAGGAGAACCCUGGCAGAGCUGCAGCCUAUGAUGUUCCGUCAAUCAUCGCCAUCACCGUUGCUGAUGUUGCCCUACUGUAACGACGACGCAGCUUGUGGUUGCCGCAGCCAGCAGCAGCAAUUAGAAGGUUGCCAAUGCCGCCUCUUUUUGGACUUGGUCCACAACCAAUAUCACCACAUCGAUUUUGUGGAAGGCUUAGAGAGAACCAGCUGCCGUGGAUCAGCAUUCGGAUGGUUGUUUAUGCUGCAGCUGCCAGUCCCACUGUUACUGAACCCUCUCACUGAUCCCCUCCCCGAAGGCGGCAAAAUAAGACUAGGGAAGAGGCGUUUAGGGUACAACUACAUGAGGAGAUUUGCAAUGUCCUCGGCGGACCCCACUUCGGAGGACUGCACUGUGAUGGUUAUCCGUCAGAAUAAUUAUAUGAAUUUGGCGUUCUGCAAACCCGGAGAGGAAGAGUGGGUGUUGAUUCCCAACCCCGACGGCAACCACUUGCAGAACAUUGUGUUCUGGAGAAAUCAGUUCUAUGCCAUCGAUUUGGACAGCAUAGUUCUGCGUUGUGAUUUAUCGAACCCUGCAGUCCCUACCAUGUCCGUUUUCGUUGAUGAUGUUGAUAUGCAGGCUGACACUGCCUACCUGCUUGUUGGUCCAGCCGACGAGUUGAUGAUGAUUGCCAAGUGCGUGGAGUUCGAUGGUCAGGAUGUCGAUGACCAUGGACUGCCGGUUCAUCAUGAACAUGUUGGAGAAGCUGAAGGUCAGGAUGUUGUCGAUGACCAUGGACUGCAGGUUCAUCAUGACCAUGACGAAGAAGCUGAAGAUCAGGAUGUCGAUGCGCAUGGACUGCCAGUUCCUCCUCAUCAUGAUGAAGAAGAAGAAGAAGAAGUUGACGAUCAGGCUAGUGUUUUCUGUGUUUCUGAUGUGGACACGGAUACUGAGCUGGAGUCGAGAGGAACUGCAAAUUAUAGGUCUACCUUCGGGGUUUACAAGCUCAACGAAGAUACACGUCAAUGGGGCGCGGUGCAAAGCAUUGGUGAUUUUGCUCUGCUUGUGGGUACCAAUACGCCUACCUAUCUCUCUACCAAAAAUUACCCUGGAGUUCAGUCGAAUUGCAUCUAUUUCACAGACGACGAGUUCACCGCACAUGUACGACGAAGGUUUGGAGGCCAUGAUAUGGGCGUUUAUCACCUCAGUGAUGGCACUAGGGAAUCAUUUUGCUCUACUGACUUGUACAAACCUGGUUUGAUUUGGCCACCACCCGUGUGGAUUGUACCAUCCAACUGUUAAAGCUUGGGAUCUAUGAUUACUUGGUUCGAUAAGUUAGCUUGUCUUUGUUUUCUUCUUUCUUUCUGUGACCUACCCAUGUACCUCUCUUUGUUUCCUGGACUUGUGCUUGCUGCUUUCGUUGAUUCAAUGUAUCAGUUGGAAAUCAGAAGCAAGCAAAGGCAGGCACUGUUGUUUGUUGUAUCCUGCAGGUUUCCCUGGCAAAAUUCAGGCUUUUGGGUUAGCCGCCAUAUCAAGCUAACUAGGCCAGCCUUCCGCAUUUGGGCCUCUUCUUGGGUUGAAAUUGGGCUUCUGUUUUUGUACGGAAGUCCGGCCCAUUGGCCGCAGGUUGCCAUUUGAAAAGUCGUCGACUCAUUUUGAAUAGUAGAGCAACAUCAAAGUAUGAGUACUGAAAUGGUCAUUCCAAAUAACUUAAUCAACAAAAACCAAAAUGUCGUUCUUCCAUUCUAACAUUGUGAGUUAAAAUGUGCACUAAACUGGAGAAAAGAACUGGUUCAUCUCCAAUUGUCCUAACAUUCUCAAUUAUUUUUCUCGAGAUUGAAAUUUGAAUCUAAUCCAUCAAUCCAUUUUAUUGACUAAACAAUGCAAGUAAUUCUAUCCACUAAAUCACAUUUCAUGAAAAUUUGGAUUUAUUUUUCCUGGUGAAUAAUUUGGAAUAUUUGUCUAUAAUGCCAAUACUAUUUAUAUUUCACAAUAUUUGUCUGUAAUUUAUACCAAUACCAAUUGCUCUCUAGGUCGUAUAAUUGAACCAGAUCUCCAAUCAUUUCCAUGGAACGUUUUGAUCAUUAGCUAGUAAUCGGCUUGCUUACACUUUAUAUGGUUUCUCACUAUAUAAAUAUACACAUUACAAUCUUUGUUUAGUAUAGUUGUGUUAUCGUUGUAGUUGCAGUGUUAUUGUGGUGGAAACGGAGAUACAACCACAACAUCAUGAAAAUAAAAAUGAAACAUAGAAACCCGUUUAGAUGUUGAUUAUGAGAAAUCAUGGAAGUUGACAAUUACCUAGUGGUGGACCCAGAAAUUUUAAAUAGGGUGUCAAUUUUAAAAAUAAAUAAAAUAAAAAAUUAAAUAAUUCUUAAAUAAGAAAAUAUCUGACUCGUACAAAGUUAAAAAAGUCCACGAUUAGUUUUCAUAUUCGAAAAUAAUUGUAGAAUACACUUGGUGUCUAUACUGCUCAAAAAAGUGUCUCUUUAUACCCUACUAGACAAUCAUUCAUGAACUGAUCGUAUAUUCGAAAUCUAAACUUGUUUUUGAUGUAAUCCAAAACAGAAAAGACUCUUUCAACACUUGUCGUACAACCAUAAAAUCACACCAAUGUAGGGUAGCUUGAAAUUAGAUGAAUUGUUAGGUUUUGAAAAUAAUUAGAGAUAGAGAAUGACAUUUUCAUAUUACACACGGUGUUAAAAUCGAACAACAAAUGAGUUGUAGCUUAAUGAAAAUUAUAUUUAUUAAUAAUUAUAGUGUACUAAGUUUGAAUUACCCACUACCACUUAUAUUCUCAUACGCAAACAAACAAAAAAUGAGAGUAGGUUAAUCAUUUUUUCAAAUUUCAGGAAUAUCCCCCACUAUCAAUUAUAUGUUUUUUUAUACACAAAUUAUCACAGGGGAUUGGAUAAUCAUUUUCCCAAAACACCUCCAAAGUGCCCUGGGUCCGCCAUUGCAAUUACCUACUUUUAGUUAAUUCAUUAGGCCUCGUUAAGUAUCAAUGUUCAGACCAAGACAAAGGUUUCAUGGAUAAGUUAUGCAGAAAUAGAGAGAGAAAAUAAGUAAAAAGUGAGUUUGGUGAGAUUAGGUCAUAUACAUCUUUGAAUGAGAUUAUUACAACAAGUCAUAGCAUCACACAAAGCAACAACCUUUUGAAAACAGCGAGGGCUACUUAAUAUUAUUUCACUGUUUUCAGCUAAUUUCUAUUUUGUUGCCACAACAGAUGAAAACAAUACUAAACAUAUUUUCGGUUCUUACUUUCACAUCCCAUCAUACAUAUUUGUGGUGGAGCUACGUGUAGUCCAUAAAGAGAUACAAUCCCCUUCAAUUUUUUUUCUAAGACCAUGUUUAGUAUGUAUAUAUAUAUAUGGUGACCACUUCGGUGCACUCAAAAAAAUGAGUGCGUUCAAUGCACCCAACUCAAAAACUAGUCUUAAGGUGUCAGAUUUUGAAUUUUAAUUUGUAGAAUUAGUGUAAUAUGAUGAUAUAACAUAUGCUAACAACUAAUUAGCGAAUUAUCCUAAGCCCUAGACCUCCAAUUUUGAGUUCUAUCCCUAAACCCCAAAUUGUAAACCCAAACCCUAACCCUAAAUCUCUUAACUCUAAAUCCUUCAAAUUAAAGUAAAUCUUUAAUGGUUUUUGUGCAAAUUCAUGUGCGUUAUUGUUCAUCACAUCAUAAGUGAUGAUUGGCAUCAUUUUGACAUAAAUCGCAUGUUUAAAAUGACGGUUAUGAAGCGAGUGCACUGAAUGCACCCAAAAAAGUGAGUGCACCGAAGACACCACCAUAUAUAUAUAUAUAUAUGGUGCCGUAUUCGGUGCACCCACUUUUUCGGGUGCACUCAGUGCACCCGCCUCAUAAUUGUCAUUCUGACCAUGCGAUUCAUGUCAAAACGGUAUCAAUUAUUGCUUAUGAUAUUAUGAACAAGAAGCACAUGAAUUUGAAAAAAAUCCAUUCAAAAUUUACUUUAAUUCGAAGGAUUUAGGAUUUAGGGAUUUAGGGUUAGGGUUUAGAUUUACAAUUUGGGAUUUUGGGUUGGGAUUCAAAAUUGAAUGUUAAGGGGUUAGGGUAAUGGAUUGAUUUGUUAUGAUUCUAUGUCAUAUCAUCAUAUUAUAUUGAGAGUACUAAUUAAAGUUCAAAAUUUGAUAUAUUAUGGACGCUUUUAGAGUUGGGUGCACUGAGUGCACCCAAAAAAGUGAGUGCACUGAGUGCACCCAAAAAAGUGAGUGCACCGAAGAAGCCACCUAAUAUAUAUAUAUGUAUAUGGUGGCUUCUUCGGUGCACUCACUUUUUUGGGUGCAUUCAGUGCACUCGCUUCAUAACCGUUAUUUUAAACAUGCGAUUUAUGUCAAAAUGAUGUGAUGAACAAUAACGCACAUGAAUUUGCACAAAAAUCAUUAAAGAUUUACUUUAAUUUGAAGGAUUUAGAGUUUAGAGAUUUAGGGUUAGGGUUAGGGUUUAUAAUUUGUAUUUAGGGAUAGAACUCAAAAUUGGAGGUCUAGAGCUUAGGGUAAUCCAAUAAUUAGUUGUUAUCAUAUGUUAUAUCAUCAUAUUACACUAAUUCUACAAAUUAAAAUUCAAAAUCCGACACCUUAAGACUAGUUUUUGAGUUGGGUGCGUUGAAUGCACUCAUUUUUGUGAGUGCACCGAAGUAAUCACCACAUAUAUAUAUUUUUUACAAAUUGGGGCAGUUUUAUUCCAAAUCAAAACAGUGGAAGCAUAGAUAAAACAGUGGUGACAAAAGAUCAGCAAUAUUGACCCAAUCUCUUAGGAGAACAUCUAAUCUAGCAUUACAAGCAACUUAGUCCGCCAACAAAUUGUGACGUCGAGGAACAAAUAUGAUUUUCACCCAAGGAGUCGAAACGAGAAUGGUCAAGACACGAGCAAAGAUAGCCCAAUAUUGCCAAGGCCAUUGGUGCAGAACAAGCUUAAGAGCAUUAACAAAAAUAUGAGAAUCAGAAUAUCAGAUUAGACCAGGGUCGUCCCAUGAUAAUCGGAGGCCCUGUUCGACAAUUUAAAAUGUGGCCCCAAAAUAUUUUUUUAUAAAUUUUUUAAAAAUAAAAUUAUUAAAUAAUAAUAAAAAUGACAACUUCAAAAAAUGAUUGGAAAAUAAUAAUAUUAUCUACGCUUAGAAAUUAACUUUUUCAAAUUUUCGGGUUGACAUAAUUAGAAUUGGGUGUGUAGAAUUCAUAUUUAGGCGUUGGAUAUUUUUGGGAAGUUGAGAAUUUUGGGAAAAGAGAAGAAGAUAAAAUACCUAACUAUUAUUUUUUAUUCAAGAAACAAGCCGUAGCUCAGUGGUUGUGUCUUCUUUUGAUGAAAAGGAUAGGUCCACGGUUCGAUUCUCCUCCUGCGCCUUUGUACUUUGGGUUUUUAUGUGUGUGUGGGCCUCGCCAGCCCUAGGGGUUCGAGUGUGGGCCUCGCCAUUCCAACGGGGCCUCCAGGGUUUAUGUGGGGGUUCUUGCGAGCCCAAAAUAGCAUCCAUUCUGAGGCCCAAAUAAAAUUGAGGCCCUGUGCUGUGGGUCGGACCAGCACAGGGCCUGGAUUAGACACAUGCUGAGCAAUGUUCUUGAGCCGCCAAAAUCACUACAUUGAGAAUGACAUAAGCUUCCGCCUGCAUCAAAUAGGAAGAAAAGAAUCUCUCAAUCUCGCCGUUGUACACCUAACCAUGAGAAUUAGCAACUUUUAGUAUCUCCCCUCCCCCCAGUUUUUCUUCCCUACCGAAGACAUCCAACAAACAGUCCGAACUAGAGCCCAAACACUAUUCUUAUCAAUCGCAUCAGCUAAUCCUGGUCCAAACAAAACGCAAAUUAAGUUUUGCAUUUGGAGAUGAAGCUACCGAUUUCUCUCAAACGUGGAAGCUUCCGUUAACAAUAAGGCCAAAGCCAGCCGACCGUUCGUUCCUUUUCCGUCGCUUUCAUUUCCCUUUACAUGGUUGUUGUUUUCCUGUAUGGAAAAGGAAAACAAUGGUAGCAACCUGCAAAUGAGAAGUAAACAGGUAAUUAAGAGUGGAAAAUGAAAUCUGUUUUGUUCUGGGGGAUAAUGAGAGUGAAAAUGAAACUUGCUUUCUCGCUCUCCAUGGACCAUAACUUUACAUAUUGGUCUGAUUUUCACAUUGCUUUCACCAAAAGGAAAAAAAACGGGGGCUUUGAUGCUGAGUGCCACCAAUAUGAAAUAAUGAAACACUUGCAUGCAU